UAUUAAUGUGUUUUGCACGAUUGCAGAUUACAAAAAAACAUGUAACGCUCGGGUAGACAAAGAAAUGCACUGAAUGGAAACAUGCAAGAUGAAAUGUAUAUACAAGAUGUAACUUUAUAAUAAAUAAAUUAAGUUGUGUAAAUGUAAAAACAUCAAGGUAUGGCUGUAACAAGUAUAACUUCUUUCUUUGCUUCACUUGUGUUCACUGUUAUGCUGGGUUUUGCAUUGUCAAGCAAUUACUGGAUUGGUUUUGUCUUUGACGGAAAGUCUUACCAUUCUGGUCUAUGGAAUGCUUGCGAGAAAAAACAAAAAUGUCUGGAAUAUGCUAAAUGGAAGUCAGAGGAAAUGAGUCCGGUUUGGUUAAAGCAAGUUCGAGUUUUAUAUGUCAUUGGUUGUAUUUCGUCGGUUAUCUGCAUCCUCAUCUCUAUGCUGCGAUUGUUCAACAAUAAAAUUAAAACUUAUACAUCCGCCAUUUUUUAUUUUAUCACUGCUGCUUUGGUAGGAGGUGCGUGCUGGCUAUACGCACGGCGAAAUGGAUAUUACAAUGAGCAUGCGUUGGAAGAAAUUGAAUACAAAUGGGGAUUUAUUCUGGCUUGUACAUCUGCUUGUUUUGCGUUGGUGCUUUCAAUAUUUUCGUUCGUGUCGUAUUUAGCGACCUGUCGGAAAUCAGAAGACGAUGUCAACUAUGGAUUCGUUUCGCAUGUCUGAAAUGCCGUGAUAUUUUUUUCGUGAAUUUGUAGGUAUGUAUAUAUAUAUAUAUAACACUAAGAUUUAUUUAGUAUGAGAAUAUAAAAAUAUGUUAAUACGCACAAUUGUUUAGAAAGGUAACUGUGUGUGAAAAAAUUAUGCACAAGAAAAGGUGGAGCUCAAAAGCAUGUUUUUUUAUUCUGUUUUUUGUGAAUCUUCGCAGGCUGCAAGGUCCCCUAUAACGUUCUUGUUUUGAACUU